UGACAUAUUAUUGUUAUACCAGGAUGAUCAAGUGUACAAUUCGCUAAAAUAGAAUGUUGACGUGUAUUACGUUUUGGGCUGAUAAAUAGACAUUUAUUUGUAAUUUACGCCAGAACAGAAUGUAAUGUUCUCAGAAUGUAUACACUUCAAACGAUUACUUUGUUUUUAUUUGGAUUUUUUCUGCAUUCAUGCAAAGGCGCAGGUAUCGAUUAUGUGGGCUGUUAUGAGGAUAGCAGCAGCAACCGAAUCCUUCAAGACUAUGAUUACUUUUCUGAUUCGAACUCACCAGCGGAGUGUUCAAAAAACUGCAGAAACUACAAGUUUUUCGGAGUGCAGUCGCAGAGGCAUUGCCUAUGUGGUAAUGCGCUUUAUUCUUCAACCCAAAAGCCAGAGUCAGAGUGUUCUUUCAUUUGUCCUGGCGACAGAAGCAAGAUAUGUGGCGCUGAUUGGAGGAUUAACCUCUACAGGCAUUCGGAUUGCCCACUCGGAAGUAACAGCGUGAACUGUUCCAAGCAAUGCAAUUGCCGAGUGGGCUCAUGCGACAAUGUUACGGGUGCAUGUGGAAAUGAGGGCUGUACAGACGGAUGGACAGGACUAGCGUGUAAUGAACGCUGCGCACUCGGAAGUUACAGCGUUAACUGUUCCAAGCAAUGCCAUUGCCGUGUGGGCUUAUGCGAUAGUGUUACGGGUGCAUGUGGAAAUGGGGGUUGUAAAGACGGAUGGAAAGGAAUAGUAUGUAAUGAAAGCUGCCCACUCGGAAGUUACAGCGUCAACUGUUCCAAGCAAUGCCAUUGUCUUGUGGGCCCAUGCGACGGUGUGAAGGGUGAUUGUGAAAAUGAUGGCUGUAAAGACGGAUGGACAGGAAUAGCGUGUAAUGAUAAGUGUGGCGGGGUCCUGACAGAUCCAUUUGGCGUCAUCACGAGCCCCAACUACCCGUCGAAUUACAACAGUAACGUUCAAUGUACCUGGGUCAUCAACGCAUCCGAGGGCUAUCAGAUAAAUGUGAACUUUACAGACUUUGCUCUGGAGGACAGCUCCGAGUGCGAUUAUGACUUCCUGGAGCUCUUUUACGGACCUAACGCCUCCUCUCCGUUAGUCGGGAAGUUCUGCGGGACAUCGCCACCUUGGCGAUUCCAGUCGCAGUCGAACUCUGUCCGUAUUGUCUUUUCCACAGACUCCAGCGAUAGUGCGAGGGGUUUCAAUCUGACGUACACGUUCUCCGUACAAGAUCUCUUUUACAUGGGCUGUUAUGAGGACAGUAAAAACCGAAUCCUUGCAGAUUAUGAUUACCAUUCUGAGUCGAACUCACCAACCGAGUGUUCAAACAACUGCAGCCACUACAAGUUUUUCGGAGUGGAGGCGCGGACUCAUUGCCUCUGUGGUAAUACGCUUCAUUCUACAACUAAAAAGCCAGAGUCAGAGUGUUCCUUCAUUUGUUCGGGCGACAGAAGCCAGAUAUGUGGCGCUGAUUGGAGGAUUAACAUAUACAGUCAUGGGGAUUGCCCACUCGGACGUACCGGAGUAAACUGUUCCAAGCGAUGCCAUUGCCGUGUGAACCCAUGCGACAAUGUUACGGGUACAUGUGGAAACGGUGGCUGUAAAGACGGAUGGAAAGGAAUGGCGUGUAAUGAAAGCUGCACACUCGGAAGUUACAGCGUUAACUGUUCCAAGCAAUGUCAUUGCCGUGUGGGCCCAUGCGACGGUGUUACGGGUGCAUGUGGAAAUGAUGGCUGUACAGACGGAUGGACAGGAAUAGCGUGUAAUGAAAAGUGUGGCGGGGUCCUGACAGAUCCAUUUGGCGUCAUCACGAGCCCCAACUACCCUUCGAAAUACAACAGAAAAGUUCAAUGUACCUGGGACAUCAACGCAUCCGAGGGCUACCAGAUCAAUGUGAACUUUAGAGACUUUGCUCUGGAGCACCACUCCGAGUGCAAUUAUGACUACCUGGAGAUCUUCAACGGACCUAACGCCUCCUUUCCGUCAUUCGGGAAGUUCUGCGGGACAGCGCCACCAAGGGGAUUCCAGUCGCAGUCGAACUCGGUCCGCAUUGUCUUCUACACAGACUCCAGCGAUAGUGCGAGGGGUUUCAAUCUCACGUACACAUUCUCCGUACAAGAAUGCUAA